AUGGAAGCGACAGUGGCAGCCAACAUGCGAAAGCGAAAGCAGACGCUCAUGGGCCAGGCCUUCAGCCUCGCCGGCAUUCGCGUGCUGCCCUAUCCAGGCAAUCGCCUUCUCCUCGUUCUCGGCUCGUCCUACCAAGGUCAGUACUUUGAUAAGCGCUAUCACAUCUGGCUAGAGACGGACAAGGGUGCGACGAACAAGCUCCGGGUGUUCAAGCACACGGUGCCCUACUUCAUUCCCAUCAAGCAGCUCGAGGAGCAGCACCUGGCCAAGAACAUACGGUAUUUUGUGAGAGCAGUGAGCUUGUACAUGAACGCUUUCGUUGCCCGUCGAGGUCAAGUGGUGGAGCUGAAUCGGCAGGCCGACAUAGAGUCGGUAGAAACGAGUGCGGCAUUCGACUACGUUUGCUUUUCCUUUGCGAGCGGUCAGCACGGACAAGUGCAAGUCAAUCUCAAGUUUGACCUGAUGCGAACACGCCCAAGCGAGGUCGAGGCCACCUUUAUGACGCCACUGAAGACACGAAACAAGUCCGUGCGGGAGAGCGAGGCCCGCGAACGGAGGGAGUGGAAGCAGCGUGUAGAGGCGCUGAUGAGGUCUCAUCCGUUGGUGGAGGCCUACACCCAGCUGUUCGCCCUAGUUCCCGACACCUCAGUCCUGUACUAG